AUGGAGUCUACAAGAGUUGGGAAGAGACUGUGGCACAUAGUGAGAGCGGUGUUCUACAUGAUCCGACAAGGCCUCUCCAAGGACAAACUCAUGAUGGAUCUCCACCUUCUCCGAAAGCGUGGCAAGCUUAUCGGAAAAGCCCUCGGCAACCUCAUGACGUUCCACCACCACCACCAUGGUCGCCACCAUCACCAUCGUCACCAUGGCAACAGUUUACAUAACUCUGUCUCCUUCUACAGCUCCAAGGAGGCGGCGUUUAACUGUAACACAUGCCUUGCCUAUCCUUCAUAUGACCACAACUCCCACCGUCACAAUUGCGAUUAUGAAGCGAUGGCUUUUACGGAGGCGCUCGAGAUGCUGAACUCGGAAGAGGACUACGUUGAGUCCUCCGACAUGGCAUCAUCCCUGUCGCCAGCGCCUAGUCUGUGGAGCUUCGAGAAGAGCCCAGUGGCAGUGCGGCAACUAAGGGUUACUGACUCACCAUUCCCUUUGAAAGAGGAGGAAGAGGCGACGGAUAGCCAUAUAGACGAGGAGGCAGAGCAGUUUAUCAAAAGGUUCUACGAGCAGCUUCGCCUCCAGCAGAGGAUUACUCCAAUGACUCCGGAGUACAAACAUUGCCGGAAGGAAGCGCUGGUGGUGGGUCGAGCUUGA